AAUGGACGAAUCAAGUAAAAAAUUAUUUGAAUUAAGGAACGAAAUAGAAUUGGAAGUUGAGGAACUUCAAAGAGAGAUUGGGGAUAUAAAAAAAGGUGGUGAAAGACUAGAUUCUAAAGCUAUAGAAUACAAAGCGGAAAUGUCGGAUUUGGGUACGAAAUUAUGUCAAAUUAAAGGUAAAAUUAGGGCAAAGAGGAGCGAAAUUAAUGAAAAAAGGAUGGAUAUUAGGAAUAUGGGAUGGAAGAGUUUCGAAAUUCAGCAAGAGAACGACGCUCUUAAAUCGCAAUUAUUGAGUUUAGAGAAGAAAGGCGUUAAUUUAGCUGAUAUAAGAAAGAAAUAUAGUCUAUCUACAUAA